AUGGAGACCGAGAAGCUGCAUCAAAUUGGGAGAGAUAUCGGCUUAACGGGAACGGAUCUUGCCCAGUUUAUUAAAGAAGGAAUUCAGUAUGAGCGGGAGAAAGAAACUGCCGCUCGAGAGGAGAGAAAGGAAGAAAGAGCAUGGAAGCAAGCAGAAUUGAAAGCGCAAGAAGCAAAGGUGCAAGCAGAGGUGAGAAGAGAAGAGAUUAAGCUCCGUCAAAUGGAACUGAAGAAGGAAUCUGGCGAAGAUAAAUCGUCGGAGAGCGAGCACAAUGUCAAGAGAAGAGAUGACAUUGAUGCAUAUCUCCAAAGAUUUGAGCGGUUUGCCACUAGUGCGGGCUGGCCGGAGGAUAUUUGGGCUAUAAGCUUAGCAUCGUUACUCCAGGGACGAGCAUUAGAUAUCUACCAUCAACUAUCUCAGACUGAUGCAGGGAAUUACAGUGAAUUGAAAUCGGCUUUACUAAGAGGUUUGACUGUACUGCGGAAGGAUUCAGAGUUAAGUUUAGAAGCUGAACGCUCACUGGCGACUCUGCAGGAUCUUGAAGAGAGUGCAGAUCGGUAUAUCGAGGCUCAUGGUCAUUUUACCCUUAGGACUCCCCAACAAGCAACUGUGUCAAGUCAAUCGUCGGCGCAGCAGUUCGGGCAGGUAAAUGAGGGCAGUGACAGGAGCCCUCGUAAGGCACUAUCUUCGCCUCUUCCUCAGGUAAAAUGUUAUAUCUGUCAAAAGGGUGGACACAAGGCGUGGGAUUGCUAUUUCAGGCCCAAUAUAAAUAAAAGCAAGGUUGCAAGCACGUCAGCGACGUCCGGACCGACGAGGAAAGAGGCCGCGGCGGUAACAUCACAGGGAGCGCCGAGCAUCGCCGAGCACCCGCAAGACGACGCGUCGGAAGUUGUACAGGUCGACCCGGUGGGGGUGAUUGACGAUCACGGAUGGAUUAAGGUAAAUGGAAAGGGAUUUCGGAUGGCUUGUGGAGGAUCAGGAAAAGAUAGACAUUCGAAGUUAAUUACGAAACCGGGAGAAGUGGAAGGACAUAAAGUGACGGUAAUGAGGGACAAUGGCUGCACUACCGUGUUGGUCAAGAGAAGCUUGGUACCCAAUUGUAAGUUGACAGGUAAACACUGUGUAGUCAAGAUGGCUAAUUCGGAUGUAUUUUGUUAUCCGGAAGCAGAAAUUACGGUUAAGAGUCCUUUUUAUACAGGAACGACUAAAGCUGUUUGUAUACCUAAUCCUAUACAUGACUUGGUAAUUGGAAAUGUACCAGGCGUAAGGUUAGGAGAUAAUUACGGAAAACACACGUGUGGUGUAAUGACACGUGACAGACAAACGAAGGAAAGAAAACAACCAGAACUUAAGGUAUUGGCAGUCUCUAACAUGCUGAAUAUGACAAUCAAGCGAGCACAGCAAGAAGACAAGACCUUGGAUGGAGUACGGAAGUAUGCAGAGGAAGGUAAAGAAUUUUUUCGUAGAAAGAAAAAUGAAUUUUCUAUGUUUAUUUUAAAGCGAGGAGUUCUUUACAGAAAGGUGAAAAUCGGUGACUUGGAGAGAGAGCAACUCCUUGUUCCCUCCCAGUGUCGCUCCGCCGUACUCGACCUGGCUCAUUCAAGCAUCAUGGGGGGUCAUCUGGCGACGGGGAAAACCAAAGAUCGAGUGAUGGAGAAGUUCUUUUGGCCCGGGAUAACUAAAGACAUUGAACGAUAUUGCAGAUCGUGUGAUGUGUGUCAGAGGACUGUUGACAAAGGUAAAGUACAAAGAGCAAAAUUAGGGAAAAUGCCAAUAAUUGGAGAGCCCUUUUCUCGUUUAGCUGUUGACAUUGUCGGCCCGAUUGAACCGCGGUCGUCUGACGGUUCGAGAUACAUCUUGACGGUCGUGGACUUCGCCACAAGAUACCCGGAAGCUGUGGCACUGCAGAACAUCGACACUGCAUCCGUGGCGGAAGCUCUGGUAAAUAUCUUCAGCCGAGUGGGCAUUCCAAGGGAAGUGCUAUCAGACCGGGGAACGCAAUUUACCUCGGCAAUGAUGCAGGAAGUAUAUAGGUUGUUGUCUAUACAGUCUAUUACUACGACUCCUUAUCACGCUAUGUGUAAUGGUUUGGUAGAAAAAUUCAAUGGUACACUGAAAGGAUGUUGA